AUGAAUGACGAACUCUCAGCUGCUGUAGGCUACAGCCUUGUCGGAGAAACAACGACGGAAGGCGUGUACUGUGAUCUGAUGGACGAUUUCAACCCGUUGUGCAUACAGGACACCGUGUUUGACGACAAUUUCGACGCCGAGGCGACCAGCACAUUUUCAGCAGCAGAUCCCUUGGACGCCAGGGACUGCGUUGCCGGAGCACCUGUCGAAGAUGGGACCGAGAUGGACUUUAGUGACCCACUGGGUUCGGAGAACCAUGACAGAAGCCUGUACGAAGUGAAUGCAGAAGAAACCUGCCAAGCGACCGGCGGCGUGUCCGUGAAUGGCAAUGGCGGUGGUCGGCGCGAGCGGCGCAAGCAGCGGCGCUACCGGACGACGUUCAGCAGCUUCCAGCUCGAGGAGCUCGAGAAAGCAUUCCAACAGAGCCGCUAUCCUGACGUGUUCGCCAGGGAGGACCUGGCUGCCAAGAUACAGCUGACCGAAGCGAGGGUACAGGUGUGGUUCCAGAACCGGCGGGCCAAGUUCCGCAAGCAGGAGCGCCACGACGCCAAGCGGCUGUCUUCGCUGCUAGCUGAAGCCAGCAUCCUGGCCAGCGAGGGCAAUGUCGAGUCGGCAGUCGCCGUGGACGGGCUCGCCGGCAUAAGCAUAGACGUCCUCAAAGGUCUCCUCAGCGGCUUCUCCGGCGACUCCUUGGCGGAUCCAACUCAAGUAGGCGUCGUUGAGCCACUCAUGGAAGGCUUCGGUAACGGAAGUGUCAGCGGCAACUGCGACAUCAGCACCGCCGUGUUAGCCACAGACGGCGCCGCCACCGCCGCAGGAUUCAGUGCCGGCGACUUCGAGCUGCACCCACAACCGGCGCACUCGACGCAAGCCACAGAAACGCAAAGCCACACAGGCAACACGUCUCGUGCCGUCGCGCCAGACGGCGACUUGCUGCAGAUCGCGUUCGGCUCAGCCGUGGAAGACUUGACGCCGCCCUCUUCUCUGGUCGACUGCGGUGACAGUGCGCUCAGCGAUUCCGUACAGAGCAUGUUCGUCGAGAUGUGCUUCCCCAGUGGCAUGCACGAGGGUGAACUGUGAGCGUGAAGCGCCCGAAUCGGUCUUGAGAUUGUAUGUUCGCGGUGUUUUGACGGUCUCAAGGAAAAAGUGUUGCUCCUAGGGCACCGAACUGUAUCGCUGUUGAACGCUGUGCUCAGGACACUAUUGGUCACAGGGUGUUACGUUUCUGGCGUUGAGAUCGUACCUUUCAGUUUCGCCUGUGGUUCGUACAGAUACGCACAGCAGGCGGAAUGCAGCCCGAUGCCACAGACAGGCUGCACUUUUGUUUAAGCUGAUACUGUUGGAGCAGACUUUGUACUACCAUGCCUGGGCAUCGAAAGCGCUUGGUCCAUGUAAGUGGAGGCAAGGGUGCAGCCUAAGGUUACUUGCGCGCCGCAUCAGUGCCCGGCCACAAUGUUUGCAGGGUAACUUACUCUGCAGAAUGAAAGGUGCCAACUGCUUAUCCCGCCCAUACAUCCAAUUCCACUGAUGCUGUGAUGCCGGUGGCGCUUCGCGACAGAUCCCACUCACGCGAUGCCUGUCGAUGUAUGCGACAUGACCGACUUGAGUUCAGAUUAGAGGUGCUAUAAAGUAAAGCUAUUCCAAAUUUUAUAUUCCAUAUCUGCAAUCAGCCCUCCACGAUUGGUCAAAUCUUUCGCCCACCCCGACUUCGCUUAAUUGUCUGUCACGCGACGCCAGGAGAGCCGCCAAAGUACUUCAUCUGGUAUGACUUAUGCACUCUAACGAAAAGAAAAAUUUUCCUUUCCGAUUCUACACCUUCUUUCACCAUCAGUCCGCCGCAAUUGGUUAAAUGUUUUUGGGCUGCGCCCACUUCCUCUGUUUGUCACGUGACGUCAGAUAACUGCGAAAAUCACUGCGUCAAAGUCACGUGUACGCAGUGAAGUUGCAGUAAUAUACCGAACAAAACUGAAUUUUUUUUCGGUAUAGCCGGAGGCUGCCUCGUUCCGAAAUGAAUAGAAGAUGGCUGCCCGCUUAUCGCUCUGGCACUGGCUACUCGGAACUGCCAGGGGGAUUUAUUUGCCUGUGAUAAAAUUUGAUUGCGUGGCAGUAUAACGUUGUCUAGCC